GAAAGUUUGGGGCCAGGGCCACCCCUAGCCCCCCAACCUCCGCCACUGGUAAGAAUCAAAAAAUUGAGGGGAGAGUUGGAAUGGAGGGAUUUGAGUAACAACUAUCAACCGACUGGUUGUUGUCCGAGUAUGGGACUGCAAGCUAUAACUUGUUUUCUCAAAUACCAACAGAUAACCAGAUAGGAAAGCACAGACUCUUUCUCUAGGCGCACAAGCACAAUGGGCAGUUCUAUCAAAUCCGGAAACUUCCGCCGUCGAUGUGAUGACUAUGACGACAAUAAUGACACUAGCUCCAACUUUCACAACUCCGCCCCUUCUUCCGCUCCUCACGUAAACCUUCUGCCUCUUAAUUUUCGUCCAAACCCAGGAGGCUUCUCAGCUUUGCUGACGAUGAAGACAACGAUACCCCGUCUUCCCGCAUUCCUCGCCCAAAUCUUCUGCUUCUCAGAAACCAUCCUCGCGCCUCACCAAACCCGUUUCUUCUCACAAGUUCCCCUCCUCCAUGGAUCGUCUACCACCUCCAAUGUGCUUCCCCAACUGGUACCUACACCAAAGAUGCCCUAUUUGAGCUCCAAAAGAACACCUGGACCCUCGCUAAGCCCAUGUCUUCCGCCUUGAAGACUUCAUCCUCCUCUACUUAUGAGCCCAAAAUCAUUCUCAAGGGCCUUCUCAAACCCACCCAGGAAGACCCCGUUUCGCUAACCCUAAAGCAAUCCCAACAAUUGGACUCUGGGGAAGAAGAGCAACAUCCAGAAGACAGUAACGGGAAUGAUGCGGAAAAUCGAUUGGCGUCAUCGGGGUUGGGGAAGCCAAGGAUUAUCCUUUGAUUCCAGAUGAGGAGACCAUCAAGAAGAUCGGAGCAAAAAUGGAGCGGAUGAGGCAGUCAAGGGCAGCUGCUCCGGAUAAUAUCUCCUUGGAUGGAGGGUCUAAUCAUGGAGCGGCAGAAGGCUUGAGCGAUGAGUAGCUUGAGUUUCGGACGCGGAUUGCCAUGAUUGGGAAGAAAGAGACCAGUAGCAGCAGUCACGGUGUGUUUGAGGAUUUUGACAAUGACGAUGGUGACAAUGGUCGUAUCAAAGCAAUGAUUGGUAUUACUGCUGCUAGAUGUCCUAAUAGUCAAGUUAUUGUGGAGGAGGGCACUGCCGGCACUGGUGGCGUUGAUGAGGAGGAUGAGGAGGACAAGAUUUGGGAGCAAGAGCAAUUUAGGAAGGGUUUAGGGAAGAGAAUGGAUGAUGCGUCUGGUACUAACAGGGUCUUCACUAGUAGUACUACUGCUGUGAUGCACAAUCAGCAACAGCAACAGCAGAGGCCUGUUAUGUACGUUUCUGUUCCAAGUAUUAUAGGGGCAUCUGGAGCAUCUCAAGGUUUAGAUGCCUUGUCCAUAUCGCAACAGGCUGAGAUUGCUAGAAAUGCUUUGCAGGACAAUGUCAGGAGACUUAAGACUUGUAUUUGCAUUUUGCAAAUACAAUUAAUCAGUAAAGGAAAAAAAGAUGAUGAUUGCCAUUUUGAAGCAAAUGUGAUAAGCAAGGUUAUAAUAUAUCUUUGCCAUGCUUGGGCUGACAACUGAUAGAAUUUUUCUACAAGAAGAGACAGCAUAAAGCUCCUUAUACAUUGAGGAAUUGGAAGAACAGAUGCAAAAGCUUCAUGAACAACACGCAUAUAAAAUUUUAGGAAGAAGAACUGCUCAUAAUGAUGAUGAAAUGAUGGAGGUGGAAGCUGCUGUAAAGGCAGCAAUGUUGGUUCUCAGUGAACCUGGGAGCAGUGCACCAGUUAUUACUGCUGCCACAAGUGCAGCCCAAGCUGCAUCAGCUACCAUGAAAGAACAGGCUAAUCUACUAGUGAAGUUGGAUGAAUUUGGUAGAGACAUCAACCAACAGAAACGUAUGGAUAUGAAGAGGAGGGCUGAGGCCCGUCAGCUUAGGAAAGCUCGAUUUUAGUCAGAGAUUAUCUUCUAUGGAGGUAGAUGGUUCUGAUCAGAAAAUAGAGGGAGAAUUGAGCACGGAUGAGAGUGACAGUGAAAGUGCAGCAUUUCAAUCAAACCGUGAUAUGUUGCUCCAGACUGCAGAUCAAGUUUUUGGUGAUGCUUCUGAAGAAUAUUCUCAACUUUCAAAUUUCAAUGGUUAAAGAAAGGUUUGAAAGGUGGAAAAAAAAGAAUCUUCAACUAGCUAUCGACAUGCGUACAUUCACUUGCCUGCCAUCUUCUCUCCAUAUGUGAGACUAGAACUUCUAAAAUUGGACCCUCUCCAUGAGGAUGCAGAUUUUUUCGAUAUGAAAUGGCAUUCCCUGCUGUUUAAUUAUGGUUUGUCAGAAGAUGGAAGUGAUCUACGUCCUGAUGAUACUGAUAGUAAUCUUGUUCCAAACUAGUAGAAAAGGUUGCAAUUCCUAUUUUGCAUCAUGAAAUUGCCCACUGUUGGGACGUGCUCAGUACAAAAGAAACAAAAAAUGCUGUUUCUGCCACAAGCUUGGUAACAAAUUAUGUUCCAUCUUCUAGUGAGGCUCUAGUAGAGCUAUUGGUUGCAAUCCACACACGUCUAGCUGAUGCUGUUGCUAACAUUAUGAAACAAAAAACGCUGUUUCUGCCACAGGCUUGGUAACAAAUUAUGUUCCAUCUUCUAGUGAGGCUCCAGUAGAGCUAUUGGUUGCAAUCCGCACACAUUUAGCUGAUGCUGUUGCUAAUAUUAUGGUCCCAACAUGGAGCCUGCUUCUGCUUGAGGCUGUGCCAAAUACCACACAAGUUGCAGCAUAUGGGUUUGGGAUGUCAGUUCGUUUGAUGAAAAAUAUCUGCUUGUGGAAAGACAUCCUGGCAUUGCCAAUUCUGGAGAAGCUUGCUCUUGAUGAGCUUUUAUGUGGGAAGUUUUUAGCUCAUGUUCGAGGCAUUGCAUCUAACAUUCAAGAUGCUGUUACGAGAACUGAAAGAAUCAUUGCUUCUUUAUCUGGUGUGUGGGCAGGUCCAAAUGUCACCAGGGACCACUGGCACUGAAAGUAUCCUUUGAUUCUCGUUUUGUUAUUGAAAUUCCCUUAACUCUAUUUCCUGCUUCUUGGAAUUAAUCAAUUGAAGCCAACUUCAUACUAAAUGGCUUCUUCCUAUUUCCAAAUAUAAUUUUUCAGCCAUAAAUUGCGACCUUUGGUGGAUCAUAUAAUGUCAUUGGGAAGGACAUUUGAGAAGAAGUAUGCAUCAGGUGUGACUGAAGCUGAGACCAAUGGACUGGCCCGUUAAUUGAAGAAGAUGCUAAUUGAGCUGAAUAUUUAUGACAAUGCCAGGGACAUAGGUAGAACAUUCAGUCUUAGGGAGGCUUUGUGAAUCAGGCGGAAUUGAGAGAGACCGAUAAACUUAAUCGUAUUAAUUACACCUGAAAUAGUGAAAGCUGAAACAAGACCGCUUAAGAAAACUCACCAAAACCUAUUUAUAAGUAAAUAAAAUAAUUUUUUAUUCAGGUUAUAUAUUUUAAAAAAUUAUUUAAAAUAAAGUGUAAGUUAUAUGGAAGAUGUUUUUAUUAUUAUUUAUUUUAAAAUUACCCUUUAACUAAAUAAAAUAUUAUUUUAUUUUAAUGACUUAAAAAUAUUAUCACUGUUCUCAUUUUAGUAAAUUCUAUCACAACUUUUUUUAAUAUUUUGAUCAAAAUACUUAAAUUUUUUAAAAGUUAACUUUUAAAUAAUUUUCAUAAAUAUUCAAUUACUUAUUUUUUAAAUUAAUUUGUAAUCAUUAAAGGUAUAAGUUAAAAGUUAACAUUCAAACACUUUAGUUGCAAAUGCAAAUGCAAGGUAAAUGCAAUAAACUCAACAAAAGUGGGUCUCAAGGCCUCAUCGGCUGAAUCCUGUAGGUUGUGCAGGAGGCUGUAUUUUUCUGAGAAAUGAUGCGAUGGUGGAUGGGUAUUGUCGUGGCCAGUUGCAUUUUCUUAUCCCUGUACGUCAGGAGGAAGUUACUACCAGGAUAAUGCUAUGAACCAGGACAUUGAAGGACUAGAAUAAGCGUGAGCUUGCAUGAAUAACGAGACUGCUUCAUAAUUUAGUAACGAAGUGGUAGGACCCAUCUAACUUAAGCAUUUGGCUACCAAGCAAGUGUUAGGGAAAGGACGAAGGGAGAGAGGAGAACAGGGUGACAAAGCCGUAUUUCCUAUUAAUUUAUACUAGCUUGUAAAGUAACACUGAAUUUGUUAGAAGGAAAUGUCAAAAGUAUCAAUCAAAAACAGAAACUGAACAAACUCUUUGAAAAAAAUCCUAACUAGAAGCCUCAAAGCUUUAACUGGAUAAAGGAGUGCUGGAAGUGGGGUUAGGCUGCCUUCCACACCAAUGGUAGGUCGAGACCACAAUAAAGCUGACUCAUAUUCAGAAGCAACUGAUAAGCGCAAUUUAAUAAAUUUGUGUUGCUCACAUCUAAUUCGUAUAUAAUCAUAUCGACAAUGUUAUACAACGUGGUAAUGACGCAGUAGUUACUAAGAAAAGCGAGCACUGAGUUUAGUAAUUAUACUAAUCAGCAUGAACUAGUCUAGUCUCACUAAUUCAUAUUCCUCGCAUGUGAAAGCAUGAAAUAACCCUAUAUAUAUAUCAUACGCUGGUGCGAUUCUAGUGGAGCAGCUGCACGCAGCAUGGGUAGACGCUACUCUCCAUACCUUUUCUUCUGCUCAUUUCUGUUGUGCUCUUCCUGCAUGGUAGCAUCCAGGCACUUGGGAUCUUCAAGUAGCAGGAAAAUUCUGCUCGACAAUGGCCUUGGUCUCACUCCCCCUAUGGGGUGGAACAGUUGGAAUCAUUUCCACUGCCAGAUAAAUGAGAAGAUUGUUAAAGAAACAGCUGACGCUUUAGUCUCAACUGGGCUAGCACAGCUUGGAUACGUCUACGUCAACAUAGACGAUUGUUGGGGUGAAUCUAAACGAGACCAACAGGGCAAUCUUGUGGCCAACAAGACUACAUUCCCUUCUGGGAUUAAAGCUCUUGCAGAUUAUGUUCAUAGCAAGGGCCUGAAAUUAGGAAUCUAUGCUGAUGCAGGGCUCAAAACAUGUACGGGAAAAGUGGCAGGCUCACUCGGCCGUGAAGAGCAAGAUGCCAAAACAUUUGCUUCAUGGGGAGUUGACUACUUGAAGUAUGAUAAUUGUUACAACAACGAUGAGAAACCAACCACUAGAUACAAAGCCAUGUCUGUUGCUCUGAAGAAGACGGGGCGCCCCAUUUUUUUCUCUAUGUGUGAAUGGGGGGAUAUGCGUCCAGCUCUAUGGGGAGCAGAUGUUGGGAAUAGCUGGAGAACUACUGAUGACAUUUCAGACUCAUGGGAGAGUAUGCUUAAGGUCGCUGACGUGAAUGAGAUGUAUGCUGAUUACGCUAAACCUGGUGGUUGGAAUGACCCAGAUAUGCUAGAAGUGGGAAAUGGAGGAAUGAAGUAUAGUGAAUACGUGGUGCAUUUUAGCAUAUGGGCUAUCUCUAAGGCACCACUCCUUUUAGGCUGCGAUGUACGAUCGUUGAGCAACGAGACUAUGCAGAUUAUCAGCAACGAGGAGGUGAUUGCUAUUAAUCAAGAUUCUUUGGGUGCUCAAGCCAGAAAAGUAAGAAUGGAAGGACAGCGAGAUAUAUGGGCUGGACCUCUAUCUGGGGAUAGAGUAGUACUUCUAUUUGUAAACAGAAAGCCGUGGAAAUCUUCAAUGACAGCCCAUUGGGACGACAUCGGUAUCGAGCCGACUAAUAGAGCUGUUGAAGCAAGAGAUGUAUGGGAGCGUCGUACCCUCUCAGAGCCAUUUCAAGACAAACUAACAGCGGAUGUGGACCCUCAUGCCUGCAAGCUCUAUGUUCUAACCUCAAUCCCAUAGCUCUUUUCCUUUUCUUUUCUUUUCUUUUAUCAUAAUAGUAUUUGUAAUCAAAGCAUUGAAUAUUUGGAAGGAAUUUGGUUUGAAUUAUAAGUCUUCAAACCUAUUAUUGAUAAGUGUAAAGUCCUAAAUAAAUUAAUAUUUUAUUUCGAAUUAUAAAUAAAAAAUAAUUAAAAUAAAGGAUCAUCUAAUUUAAUUAUUAAA